AAAUGGGAGAAAUGAGAGCUACAUUAGCAAAUAGAGAAGAGAGGCGUUAAGCCAGAAGACUCGCGUGUGCUGAGGUGUGGUGGUGGACUUAGUUUUUCGUUUAGCCUCUCAAAUCGGGAAUCACCAUGAAACCUCCUUCACUACACGUGUAAUGUAAACCCUUUCUUCUUCUUCUUCUUCCCAAUUAAAAAAAAAGACCUAUUUUUUUUUUCUAUUGCCCUUAGUGGAGACAGGAUACAUUCCCAAAAUCACACAAUCUGAUGUUAUAAAGGGUUCAAGUGAGAGAGGGAAGUGGGGGUUUACGGUGACAGGAAGGUGAGUUUUCAGGCGUGGAGCAAUGGUGGGUGAAGGGAUCUCUGAGCGGAGAGUGGAGAUCAGAGUAAGGAAGAAUGGGAGAAAGGAUAAGGUUAUAGUUGAGAAAUCUGCAGCUAAAGGCUUACCUGAAGGAUGGAUCAAGAAGCUUGAGAUAUCAAACAGAUCAGGCCGUAAACUUAGAAGAGAUCCAUUUUUUAUUGACCCUAAAAGUGGGUAUAUCUUUCACUCCUUCAAAGAUGCGUCAAGGUAUGUUGAGACUGGUGAUAUUGGAAUUUAUGCACGUAAAGUGAAGGAAAGCAGUAUCGAAGAUGAUGAUUCCGGAAAUGGAAAUCCCAUCCUUCGCCUGGAGUAUGUGGAAAAGAGAUCUGCUGAUGAUUUAUUGGAAAAGGAGAAAAAGAUAGGUAUUCAUGCCAGAAAAAGUAAACGGAGAAACCUACCUUCAUCUGAUGAACCUUCCAAGAAUUGUAAAAUGAAUUCUGACUUGAGCAUCAUAACCUCACAAGUUCUUGAGGAUGGUGAGAAGAAGGAAGAGGCGAAAGAUCCUAUCGAAAAGCAGCCCAUAAUGAAACGGGUUACUAGGAGCCAAGCUAAAGCAAUUAAGAAUGAAGAAUUCGUAGAGUUAAAAAGAAAUAAUCCGUCUUUAUCAAAUGCAAAAUCAGAAAAAGAUUCUCUAAACUCCAGAUUGAGCGGUGCAAGGUCACAAGAACCAAUCAAGGAAUCUGUUAUGAAGGAAGAAGAGGAACAAGAUUCUACCAAAAAACGGAUUACAAGGAGUAAAGCUAAAGUGAAGACGAAUGAGCUAAGCAAUAGUGGAUCCCGGCGAACAUCAAAACGAUUAGCUGGUAUUGAGCUUGAACCAACGCCUGAACUGAAGACAAGAACUAAAGUUCAACGAAGAGUACCUCCUCCUGAUGAUGAACAGACGCCUGAAUUUAAGACAGGAACCAAAGCUCCUCAAAUAAUACCUCCUGAUGAUGGCGCAGCCGGAAAGUGCAAGCAACCUAUGAAUCCUGUUGCUACCAGCGGAUUGAAAGAGACAGGUGUACCCCUAAAUAAGGAACCAGCUAAAAGCCAUAAUAUAGAUUGUUCUCAGAAACCAUAUGCUGCUGCUGCUGCUCCUACAAGCAACAAUCGUGUGAGUGCAGAAAUGGCAGUGGGAAUUAAAAAGAUCCGUAAAUCAGUAGGCAGAAAGCCUUCUAGAGAGAAGAAGACAGUGCUAACACCACCGAUAAUAUAUGAACUGAAUCCAGUUUUUCAUCUUGAUGGUUACAAGCAGAAGGAAGAAAUGUCGCCUGUGUCACCGUUGGCUUGCGAAACUUCUGCAAUGAAGUGGGAGAAGACAGCCGCAGGCAAAAGACUGGGACAGUCUAGCCCAAAUGCUAAACUUGCCACCAGUGUGAAAGCAACUGAGAUCUCGGCUUUGGGAUCCUCAAAUAAAGGAAAGUAUCCACAUCCUUGUGAUAGUGGUAAUGCCAUUCAAAGGAGAAAUAAAUUAGGCAAUGAGUUACCUAACUCAUCUGUCGUAAGAGGUGCAUGCUCAGAAGUGAUGGAGAAGAACACCAACAGCUUCUCUUCGGCAUAUAACUCGACCAUUGCAGAUCUUUGGAAAGAUCCUUGCAUCGCCUUUGCUAUCGAAACUUUGACAGGAGAAUCGCUGCGUCUUCCUAACACCAUAGCAAUCUCUUCUGAUCACAUUAACAAUCACACCAAGCAGGAAGGAGUCUCCUUUAUCCCAGAGACUCCUGGAAACGUUAACACAUGCUCUGAAAAUCCAGGUGCAUCCCCGAGUGCGGAUAUCUGGAAAGACCCAUGUAUCGACUUUGCUAUAAAAACUCUUACAGGCGCCAUCCCAAUAGGGUUAGAUGAACCAGAUGUGAAAUCAAAGACAGAGGGAACGACGAUUGCCACAGCAGCAACACCAGAACCAGGAGGUAGGCAAAGCAACUGUGAUCAUUUGGCUCAACAAAAGAACAAGACUGUGGUGGGUAAAGGAGACUUGUGUGCACAAUCUUUAUCUAAGGACUAACAACAAGAAGAAAUAAAAACCUGUAGUGUUUUAGGACAUUUUCGUAUAUUAGGGUGUUGAUAACGCCAUGGGUGAUAUUGUAAGAUCCAUGUGCAAAUGCCUUAGUCUUUUCUACUUUUGUAGCCAUGUUCUGUAAAUACAUAUGUAUUAGUUUGUGUAUCGACAGAACCUGGAGAAACUCCUAACCACCCCCAAUGAUCUUGUUUUUUCUCUGUAACAAUGGUUGUUUAAUCGUUUCUUUUGAAAGAUAAGUUUUUUUAGAACUCAA